AUGUGUGUGGUUUGUCACGACAACGGAAGCCCAAGCCACGUUCCGUACGCCGUUCCAGAGAACCACAAGGUUGUUUCCUCCCAGAAGAAUUUUCUCAGUCAAGCCAGAUCUCGUUCACUCCAUGAGACCAGUAAGCAGUUAGCUGGAAUAGCGACACGCCGUUUCCUGCCGCUGGUGCUGCAUGAUUUUGAUAAAGCCAGUGGAAAUGGGGACAAAAUUGUUUACAACUGCCUUCCGUCGUGUGCCACAAUAGGCUGGGCGUUGAUGGCGCGAGACCUCGGUAUUGUGGCUCGUAUCGCAGAGUAUACGCUGGCCCGAGACAAAGAAUUUUGUGUCGAAAGUCCGUCUGAAGACCCGUACCCGCAUCCCACGGAGAUUGCCGAAAUGGCUGCAAUCGUUUUGGGUUUCUGCAACGAUCAGGCAUUACGAAGUGUUCCUCCCUCACAAUCAUUUCAACCUGCAACCAGUCUUAGUGAACUUUGUUUGUCUUCUGAGCUGGCUUUCCUCGUGCGCUAUGCCAAACUACAGCAAUGUUUUGCCAGUGGUGAUAUUGAGACUGCUGUCGAUCGGUUGAUCGAUUUACUGAUCACCGGCUCUGGAAGUUCCAGUGCGGUGGAACUUGGUGCCGCUUCGUGCGGUUCAGGUUCGCUUAUAUCCACCCGUCUGCGUCUACGUUUGCUCACUGAAGUUCGUCACCUGCUGGGGCGUAGAUGCAUUCGACGGGACCAAGCAGAACUUUUGAUUAGUGCUCUUGUGGACUUGCGCCUGGAUACCUGCGAAGACCCGACUGAGGAUAAUAAAAAGCUGAAUGACCUACUGGUGCACAUUCACAUCCUUCUGGCCCAAGAAUUAACCUCCUCGUUGCUUGUUCGAGAAUCACAGAUUAAUAACGUGGUUCUUGGCGGAGUCACUCCUAACGAACAUAUUGCUCAACAAGAACUUCUGCAUCGUUUACAUUGCGUACUCGAGCGGAUUCAACAAUAUGGUUUUCGUCUACGUGCAGAGAAGUGCGCAUUUUUUCUCACUUCUAUCAAAUAUCUUGGAUUUAUUUUUGACGAACAUGGUCGUCAUCCAGAACCAGAACAUAUUUCUGCCAUACAACAAAUGGCGACACCAAAUGUUAACGCUCCAAAUGGUAAGUCCCCGGCGGAGGUACUUAUGAACCGGAAGGUCCGCUUACCCGUUGACGUCAUCCGUCCAACACCACAUUCGCCAACCGGUAGAAACAUAAAUAUGGAAGUUCAGUUCAACCGACAUCACGGUACUGCAAAGAACAUAUUUAUACCCGGCAAAUCUGUGCUAGCGAAAGACUAUCGUGGUGGCGCGGAAAAGUGGACACAAGGCAUAAUUGUGCGCCGUGCCGGAAGAGUUGUCUAUGAGCUACGCGCUUCCUAUCUUCCAGCUGCACCUACACUCGACCCUGUUCUUCCACUGGAGACUCUUCCCGACAUAUUUGAGUUAGCUCAAAAGCCUAAAUCUCCAGAACCGAUUAAUGAACCAGAAAUUCCAAAAGUUGUACACCCAGAAGAUGGACCGAUCGGAUCAGAAAGCCUGUCAUACGAAUGCAACUGA